CCUCCUUCCCUGCCGCUGCAGCGAUGAAAGCAGAGGGGUGAACCUUGACAAACCCGUGGAUGUGCCAUAAAACCGUUUGUUGGAGCUGAAAUAUCCUUCUGUCAGUCAGCCAGCCAGCCUGCUGAAAGUCGCAGCUCUCCUGGUGGUUUAGCCGAAGAUAAGAAGCUGUCUUUGUGAAGCUGAUAGCGACAUAGCGGGCGGGCAGGGGGGCGGGGGGGGGUUUGUCGGCCCACUGCAGUCUGAAUCACCGGAGACUCGCCCCACCGCUGGUUCAUCAUCAUCGACGUCGUCGUUUGAUCAAAUCUACGUGCGCAUCCUCUCGGAGGAAGAAGCAAAACAACGGGAAGGGACGGUACCCAAGCCCGCGUUUGAUCCUCUGCCGCAGCCCCGAGGUGUGCUGUUUGGCAGAGCAUGCUAAAUAAUGAGCCAAAGGGACACACUGGUUCAUUUGUUCGCCGGAGGAUGUGGUGGUACAGUAGGCGCUAUUUUGACUUGUCCUCUGGAGGUUGUGAAGACCAGACUGCAGUCCUCCUCCAUCACUCUCUACAUCUCUGAAGUCCAGCUCAGCACCGUCAACGGAGCCAGUGUGGCCCGUGUCGCUCCACCAGGGCCUCUGCACUGCCUCAAGUUAAUUCUCGAGAGAGAGGGACCCCGUUCACUCUUCAGAGGACUGGGACCCAACCUAGUGGGUGUGGCACCUUCCAGGGCGAUCUACUUUGCGGCCUAUUCAACAGCCAAGGAGAAGCUGAAUGGGGUGCUGGAGCCAGACUCUACCCCGGUACACAUGGUGUCGGCUGGGAUGGCAGGGUUCACCGCCAUCACAGCCACCAAUCCCAUCUGGCUGAUCAAGACCCGUCUGCAGCUGGAAACCAGAAACCGGGGCGAGCGGCGAAUGAAUGCAUUCGAGUGCGUGCGGCGGGUGUACCAGAUGGACGGCCUACGAGGUUUCUACAGGGGCAUGUCAGCCUCAUACGCUGGCAUCUCAGAGACUGUUAUCCACUUUGUCAUCUAUGAGAGCAUCAAACGUAAACUGCAGGAGUCCAAGUCUCACGCCAGCAUGGACGAAGAGGACGAGUCUGUCAAAGAUGCCUCAGACUUUGUGGGCAUGAUGCUCGCAGCAGCCACCUCCAAGACUUGUGCAACCUCCAUCGCCUACCCUCACGAGGUGAUCCGUACACGGCUACGAGAGGAAGGCAGCAAGUAUCGUUCCUUCUUCCAGACUCUGCUGACAGUACCCAGGGAGGAGGGAUACCGGGCACUGUACCGCGGCCUCACCACCCACCUCGUCAGACAGAUCCCCAACACCGCCAUCAUGAUGUGCACCUAUGAAGUGGUGGUCUACCUGCUCGGCCGUUAGCUCACCAGGUAUGUCUCCUUCCCGUUUAAAGAGGGAGACAGUUACCAAAAUUACUGAGAAGGGUGGCCCUUUGGCGAGAAAGAGAAAGGACAACAUGACGAGAUGAAGACCAAAGGAAAAAAAAAAAAAAAAGAACAUACCCUAGUGGACCAGAAGAGGACAGAUGGACAAGAGAUGAAGUGGACGAAGGAGGAAAAGCCUUUGUUACCAUAUCAGCAGCAUCACCUACAGUUCCCUUUAUCAGACUCGUGGAACAGAUAGACGGUGCUGCAGGUCACAGAACAGGUAAAACGGUUUGGAUGAGAAAGGAGGCACUGACAGGAAAGACAAAGAAAGAGUUUGGCACCUGUUAAACAAAGGAAGGAAAAAGAUUUUAAGCACAAUUCAGUGGCCUUAAAAGAAAGGGUUUUAGUUUGGGUCCUUUUCUUCGACUGAAGAGUGAAAAACAGCCUUUUUCACUCUCAGAUAGAGAUAAUAUUGUGAAAGGGGAAUGCUUGCAGCCAAAUGAAUUUGACAGGAAAGAUCAUCAACUAAAUGUAGGUCAAUCUCAAUAAUCCAAGAAUCACUGAAUAUCUUCAGUGCUGUUAGACUACUGUACGAUUAGAUGGCUGGCAGUUAACGAAUGUUCAUUUUAAAGCAGAAUGUCAGAAGGAAGUUAGCAUUUCAGACGUCAGUCAGUUUGUUUUCAAGUCACCCAAACCAUCCAUCUUUGCACUACAGAAAGCGUGGCUUUAAGCAUUCCCCUCUGAACACUGCAGUCAACCCCUCCCACACCACCUCAAUGGCCUGAAGUUCAUACACAGCAGUGAGCCAACACAGUGAUGAGCUUGUAAUGGGCUGUCACUCAAACACAUGCUUUACAGACUAGCUUGUGUUUAUACAGUGGGCUGUGGGUUGCUUUUUAUUCCUCUAUAACUCAGUGCCUGGUGGUGACAGUGCGUCAGCUGAAGUUGGCCUUCAGUGUUGACAGUUUCUCAUUGUCAAAGCUGAAAUAAAAAAUGGCUAUACAAGGCCAGCAUCAGCCUGCACCGUCACUGCUCAGGACUGUGAAAUCUUGUGUGAAAACACGAGACCAACGUCCUUUUUUUUUUUUUUUUUUCCAGAUGUGAAGUGUGUGAUUGUCCAAAAGGUACCAAGACUAAGUACUAUUGGAGUGCCACUACUUGAAUAUAAUGUGGGGAAAUGUUGGAGUGGAGAAGGUUGAUGGAAUUUCAUCAUCACCCCACAACCUGUUUGUGUGUUUGUGUGUGUGCGCGCGUGUCCAACAUGUCGGUCACUUUCACCGUGAUGAUCGAACUAUGUUCAAGAAUGUGUGUAUGUUUGUGCAACUUCGGGCAUGCGUGCGUGCCUGCAUGUAUAAUUAAUAUCUACUCCAGAUUUCCCUCCACUAACUGUUAAUCUCGCAAGACACUGCGGUUGGGAGUGUGGAGAAGCUCCCGUAUGAUACUGGCAGCUUUCAUUCGCACUCUCAUGCCAGUCCUUUUUUCUUCUAGUGGCUUCCAACUGACCUGAUAACAUGCACUUUUGUGGCCUUUUGGGGCUUGUGCUUUGCAUUUUCUUGUGUGGACAGUUUGAACUUGUACAUUGUAAAAGAGAAAAAAAAAAAGUAUUACUGUAUAUCAAAAUGGUAUUUUGCGCAACUGUUCUUAUAGCAGAUAUAUUGUACAGUUUAGAGUUCUCAGUAGUUGUGAAGGAUGUCCAAAUGUGUGUGUGUGUGUAUAUAUUGUACAUACUAUAUGCAUAUCAUUUGUUGUUUGAGGCCUAUGUAUGAUCAUGCUGUAGUUUGCAUUUGCAAAUUAUUGCUUUUAUUUUUGUGCAAUUUAACCUUGUUUUGACAUGGAUUGUUGACAUGAAUAUUGAAAUUGCUUUGCUGUUUUGUUUUUUUCUUACCGUUCUUUUUGUGUUGACAAACUCUGCAGGACAAAUACUUUCAUUUAAGGAUUUGUGCUGGAGAGUUGAGUCACUUUACCACGUUCAUAAAAAAAGUGUUCCAUUUUGUUGUAAAAUGUGGAUGUUUCUGUCAUUGGUAAUGUUUACAUUGUUCCUCACUUUCUGUUCAUUUUUGGGGGAUUUUCUAGCAAAACGUGUUUUAAUAUCAAUAUGGAAGUAUUUUAAUGUGAGAGUUCAAGAACUGGAUUCGUCUUUGUACAACAGUGUGCAGAGUACCGCAGCGAGUUGGGACUGUUAAAAACUGAAUUUGAGAGAAAUUGCUAAACUAAUCUGUUACUGAAGAGGGUUUGGUGGUUAAAGUAAAUGAUCCAUUCAACAAAGAAUGAUAUUUUAGGGAAAUCGGCACACACCUUUUUCAAAUUCUAUCCAAGCACCUUUGUUGAUUCUCUUUCGUUAACGUCCUUUAACAUGACGUUCAAAACUUUCCUGUUGAACAGAGAAAAGCCCUCCCUCCAUAACCUCUCUAGUCCAGCUGCUGUGGUCUCUGUGCACACUUCUCCAUAUGGAUGUGAUUAAGUCUGCACAGUUUCCAUGUUUAAAAGUAUUGUUUAUUUCACCAAUUACAGAAAAUCUGGUUCUGCAUUCACGCAUGAUGUUCUUGAACACUUUCAUUUUUUCCCUUCUUGUUGCUGUAUCAUUUCAAACCGAGUCAAACUGAGGCCUGUGUUGUACCUUGUAAUAGUUAUCGAUUUUUUUUUUUAGUCUCCAUUGACAUGUUGCUAGCUCAUAGUUGUUGUCAGUGCUUGAAAAAAAAAAUUGCUGACUCAUUUUUAACGUCCAUGUUUUCCUGUAGAACACUAAUAGCUUUUUUUUUUUUUUUUGGCUCCAUUGCAGUAAUACUUGAGGUCAGAUUACCAAAAUAUGACAUGAACAGACAACUGGACAAACACUUUCACAUAUUUUUUACCUCUCAUUUCAGUGUCUGUAUGCAAUUUCAUAUUUUUGACCUGUAUGCUUGGACAGAAUGCAGCCUAAAGUGGGGCUGAAUGAAACCUGGAACGUUGGUUUUUGCUCAAUCAUUUGGUGUAUUUUUUUGUUUGUUUGUUUUUUAAACACAAAAGUAAAUAAAAAUCCACUUGCAACUAAAA